AUGAGAAAUGCUGCCCUCCUCAUGGCCAGGGCAACAAGCCUUCACCUUAGCCUGUUGCUUCUGCUUUCCUUCCUGCCAGACCUGGACCAAGGUGUGAGAGCCAAGGAACUGAGGUUUGUGACACUGGUUUUUAGGCAUGGAGACCGAAGUCCUAUUGAAACCUUUCCUAAUGAUCCCAUUAAGGAAUCCUCAUGGCCACAGGGAUUUGGCCAACUCACUCAGUUGGGCAUGGCGCAGCAUUAUGAACUUGGAGAAUAUAUAAGGAAACGUUAUGAAAACUUUUUGAAUGAAUCUUAUAAACAUGAACAGGUUCAUGUUCGAAGCACAGAUAUUGACCGGACUUUGAUGAGUGCUAUGACAAACCUAGCAGCCCUAUUUCCCCCAGAGGGUAUCAGCAUCUGGAAUCCCAGCCUACCCUGGCAGCCCAUCCCAGUGCACACAGUCCCUGUUUCUGAAGAUCAGUUGCUAUACCUACCUUUCAGGAACUGCCCUCGUUUUCAAGAACUUCAGAGUGAGACUUUGAUAUCAGAAGAAUUCCAGAAGAGGCUACAUCCUUAUAAGGAUUUUAUAGAAGUCUUGCCAAAACUUACAGGAUACCAUGACCAGGAUCUUUUUGGAAUUUGGAGUAAAGUCUACGACCCUUUAUUUUGCGAGAGUGUUCAUAAUUUCACUUUACCCUCCUGGGCAACAGAGGAUACCAUGACUAAGUUGAAAGAAAUAUCAGAAUUGUCCCUUCUGUCCCUCUAUGGAAUUCAUAAGCAGAAAGAAAAAUCUAGAUUGCAGGGGGGUGUCCUGAUCAAUGAAAUCCUCAAUCACAUGAAGAGUGCAACUCAGCCAUCAAACCACAGAAAACUCAUUAUGUAUUCUGCACAUGACACUACUGUGAGUGGCCUGCAGAUGGCGCUAGAUGUUUACAACGGAAUCCUUCCUCCCUAUGCGUCCUGCCACAUGAUGGAAUUGUAUUUCCAGGACGGAGAAUACUUCGUAGAGAUGUACUAUCGGAAUGACACGCGAUAUGAACCGCAUCCCCUCACGCUACCUGGCUGCACCCCCAGCUGCCCUUUGACGAAAUUUGUUGAGCUGGUUGCCCCCGUUAUCUCCCAAGACUGGUCCAUGGAGUGUGCCAUAAGCAACCAUAAAGUUCUAAGGAUCAUCCUUGCCAUCAUCUUUUGCCUGGUGUCUGGUGUCCUGAUGGUGCUGCUGUUUAUCCUCAUCCGCCAUGGGCCCUGCUGGCAGAGAGACUCUUAUGGAAACCUAUGA